AUAUUUAUGAGCCGAGCGCCCCUGCGUGCCCUUACGCGAUGACGCAACGCGACAACUGCGGGUCCCGAUUGCUGCAGCCGCUUGUCAGUGUGACGAAGAUUGGCACUCAGGUUGGCCACCUGUCCCUCCCGCUCUCUAUGAUGCUCCAGUGUUUGCAGCAUCUGCAGUGAACGUGAUGGCAGCCAAGCCGGUCUCCAUAGACAAGUACCCAAAGGGAGAGCAGCAGCAGCAGCAGAUGCAAGUAGUGAAGAUAGACAGCGAUACGGAGCAGCAGUUCAUCGAGGGGACGUUGGCGGAGGCGCCCAGUCCAACACCCACAGAGCCACAGACACCCAUGGACGCCGACAAAGCCUCCAUAUAUAGGCAUCCCCUGUUCCCUCUGCUGGCCCUGCUGUUUGAGAAGUGUGAACAGUCCACGCUGAGCUCGGACUGCAUCACCUCGGCCAGCUUCGAUGUCGACAUCGAGAACUUUGUCCGCUGUCAGGAGAAGGAGGGGAAACCGUUUUUUAGUGAGGACCCUGAACUCGACAACCUGAUGGUCAAAGCCAUCCAGGUUCUGCGGAUCCACCUGCUGGAGCUGGAGAAGGUGAGCGAUCUGUGUAAGGACUUUUGCAGCCGCUACAUCGCCUGCCUCAAGACCAAGAUGAACAGCGAGACUCUGCUGAGUGGAGAUCCAGGAAGCCCGUACUCCCCCGUGGGCCAGGCUCCCAGCUUCUCCCCCACCAAGAUUCAGACCCCCACCCUUUCGGGGACCAUCAGUCCUCAGGGUCAGAUUGUGGUCCCGGCGUCCGCUCUGCAGCAAGGGAACGUAACCGUGACAGCCGUUAACCCCACCCAGGUGGUCGCAGGCAUGUCACCAUGGCAUACGUCUCCUGCUUCAGGUGGCACGGUGUACCAGCCUGUUACAGUCGUCACUCCGCAGGGCCAGGUGGUAACACAGGCGCUCUCCCCGGGGACAAUACGAGUCCAAAACAAUCAGCUCCAGUUGCAGUUUCACCAGGACCUGAACCUCUUCAAUCACGACGAAAACUCAUCCAAGAACAAACGUGGAGUUUUACCCAAACAAGCCACCAACGUCAUGCGCUCGUGGCUCUUCCAGCACAUCGGGCAUCCGUAUCCAACAGAGGACGAGAAGAAACAGAUCGCCACUCAGACAAAUCUGACGCUCCUGCAGGUCAACAACUGGUUUAUAAACGCACGGAGGCGGAUCCUGCAGCCCAUGUUGGACGCCAGCUCAUCUGAGACGCCGAAAGCCAAGAAGAAGACGCCUCAGAACCGACCUCUGCAGCGCUUCUGGCCCGACUCCAUCGCUGGAGGAGGAACUCACCAGCAAGUUACCAUGCCUGAUGGUACGAUGGUGACGAUGAACAUGGAGGGUCUGCAGAGCCUGACGUCAGACGGCGCCACACUGGCGGUGCAGCAGGUGAUGCUGGGGGGCCACAGCGAGGACGAGUCGGGGGACAGCGUGGACGAAGACGACGACGACAUGGCUGGGCUGGGCCUGGACAACAGCGACUCAUUGCAGUAGAGGACACACUCCCUCACACUCUGAUCCACACACACACACACACACACACACACACACACACACACACACACACACACAGGAGGCGUGCGUAAACAGGUCUACAGAGAAAAACACACACACACACACACACACACACACAUUAGGUUUACACUGAGCACAAACCUUCAGGACGUCUCGGCGGCGCUCCUGCACUCUUCCAACCCUCCACCCUGCUGAACGGCGGUUUAUGCUGCGUGUGUGUACAUCACGAGUUUCAUUUCAGAAACCGUUUUUUAAUUAUUUAGUCGAUGUAUGCGAGUGCACUUUUUUUGUAUAUUUAAGCUCAAAAAGAUUAAAUCAAACAAACGGAAGAAAAAAAAAAGAAGUGUUAAAAAACACAGAAGCAGCGUUUGUAUGCUCCGUUAUUAAUGUUGACUGAUUUCUGAUUGGUUCCCGCUCCCCUGUUGAAUUCUCAUUUUGGAUGCCAACACUUUAAAGUUGUAUCUGUAAGGGUUUGUCUCACUUUUUGCAUGCUUGUGUUUUGAGUAGAUGUGCGCACUCUUACGACUGACUCCACGUGGAGAGAUUCGGGGGAGGAAAAAAAAAUGAGAGAAGCUUAUUUUUAUAUACAAACAUAUGUAAUUAGUGUUUUUUUUGUUCCAUUUUUUGUGUUCUCCUGUUUUGUAAGGAAUAUUUAUGUACAGAUUCAUAAUUAAGGAUAGCGACCCUGUUUUCCGGGGUUCUUUGAAGUUUUCUAAAAAACAGAAAAAAGGAAUUGAAGCUGAUAAAUUGCUAUUUAAAUUGGUUUUAAACUUACGAUACUAACAAGGCCUUACGUGUGUUCUUUUCUAAACGAUUCUUGCCAAGAAGCACAAAAAGAAAGCCCGACCCUCGCCUGGUGAAAUAGUCAAAACGACACUAAAGUGCAGAGCGUGUGUGCGGCUCUGCGAAGCAUCGUUGGUGUUUUUCUUUGCGAUGUUUUGAAACGCAGCUCCAGUUUUAGCGUCAUUGUGUAUAUCAUGCGGUGCGUCCUUUUUAAUCAUGUUACAGUAGUCUUGCAGGCGUCACUUCUCAAAAAUGCACAAUCCAGAACACUAUGCUGAUCACACAAUCACGAGGGUCCGAUGUGGAAACCCGUCAUCAACAAGAAGCAGUGGACUUUUUGCACGCAUUAAACUUUUAUUUAUGUACAUGCUCCUGCGCUCACACACAGAGCAGGCCGGAGAAGUUGGACUCUUCGUGGUUCGUGGAGGACUGAAGUCUGAAGCGCUGCAGCCUCCGUCGCUCCCCCUCCACUACACGCUCGUAGUGAACCACCGGGAAUCUCUUUAUCAACCUGUUGAUAUUUCUGCACAAGCUGGGGUGCCUCUGUUUGAAUAUCUGUCAUAUUGUACUGUAAACCAGUCGUCUGUCAUAGUUUGAGUAAUCUGGUUUAUCUCCCUCCUGUAAAGUGGAGACUUGAAGCAGCCGGAGGAGGUGUGGUGAGUCCUGGUGGGCCCUCGCUGAGCUCUCCGUUCUUUACUUGCGUCUGUCUUGCUUUUUAUGAAGCGUUCUUCACUUUUCUCUCGUCUGUUUUGCCUUAGAGCUUUCUAUUUUGGAAUAAACGAUGCCUAACUCUC